GUCCACGAGUUCCCUGGAUGCCCAUUGGUGAAUGGUGCUGGUCUGCCAGCGCGCGGGCGUCGGCGCGGGCGUUCGAACCGGCGCUUGGCGGUGUUACCAUGGGGAUGCGGCCUGGCGGCAGGCUCAAGCUAGUGAGCUGACAGCACGCCUCGGUCGCCCGCCUUGGGGCUCUUUCCUGUCAGCGUUUUCUCCUGUCUUCAGACAGGGUUGAUCGAGGAGGAAUUUGGAAGCCUCCGAGAGUUUAUAGAAACCCAUUCACAAAAAUGACAUCCUGGUUAUAUGAAUGUCUUUGUGAAGCUGAACUAGCACAGUAUUAUCCUCAUUUUACUGCCCUUGGCCUUCAGAAAAUAGAUGAAUUAGCCAAUGUUACAAUGAAGGACUACUCCAAAUUGGGAGUCCAUGACAUGAAUGACCGCAAACGUCUCUUCCAACUUAUCAAAAUCAUUAAGAUUAUGCAGGAAGAAGAUAAAGCAGUCAGUAGCCCAGAGUAUCCUCUACAGACAAGCAGUCUGUGCAUCAAGCCUCAGAAAUCUAGAUCUGGCCCUCGAAGGCAACUGCAUUUUGAUUCUCCUGCUGACAACAAAGACAGAACUACCAGCCACAAUCAGUUUGAACUGUGCGAUUUAUCACAUUUAUCUGCAAGUGAACAGAAGUCUAGUUACGUAAAAGUACUAGAGCAUUUGCUACCAGAUGAUUCCCAGUACUGUACAAAAACAAGAAUUCUGAAUGCCACAGCUGCUGAUUCCUACCUACAAGAAGAAACUAACACUUCACUCUUUUCAUCAAAUCACUUUUCUCCAAUACAGGGAGAUUGUGAUAGUCCCAUUAUGCAAAGAGUCUCUCAUGUUUCAGGGUAUAACUAUGGAAUCCCUCAUUCCUACAUCAGUAGGAGCCAGAGUUUCAGAACCCUGAGAAACUCCCUCACCAACUUAAGGCUUCCUAUUAGUGAGUCAUCUGUGUCCAAAGAGCAUUCUCUUUGGAUACCUCAAAUCAGCCAGAACCCCUCAGAGAAAGAGAAUCCUUGGACUGAGAUGGAGAAAAUCAGAGUUUGUGUUCGAAAACGCCCUCUGGGCAUGAGGGAGGUACGUCGUGGAGAAAUUAAUAUUAUUACUGUAGAAGACAAAGAAACUCUACUUGUUCAUGAGAAGAAAGAAGCAGUUGACCUCACACAAUAUAUUCUGCAGCAUGUUUUUUAUUUUGAUGAAGUCUUUGAUGAGGCGUGCACCAAUCAAGAUGUAUACAUGAAAACUACUCACCCACUCAUUCAGCAUAUUUUCAAUGGAGGCAAUGCCACUUGCUUCGCAUAUGGACAGACAGGUGCCGGAAAGACCUAUACCAUGAUAGGAACUCAUCAGAACCCAGGACUGUAUGCUCUGGCUGCCAAAGAUAUCUUCAGACAACUAGAAGUGUCCCAGCCAAGAAGACACUGUUUUGUGUGGAUCAGCUUCUAUGAAAUCUACUGUGGACAGCUUUAUGACCUCCUAAAUAGAAGAAAAAGGCUCUUCGCAAGAGAAGAUAGCAAGCAUGUGGUACAGAUAGUGGGACUGCGAGAACUUCAGGUGGAUAGUGUGGAGCUUCUCUUAGAGGUGAUCUUGAAGGGCAGCAAGGAGCGCAGCACUGGGGCCACUGGAGUUAAUGCAGACUCCUCCCGCUCUCAUGCUAUCAUCCAAAUUCAGAUCAAAGAUUCAGCCAAGAGGACAUUUGGCAGGAUCUCUUUUAUUGACUUGGCUGGCAGUGAAAGAGCAGCAGAUGCCAGAGACUCAGAUAGACAGACAAAGAUGGAAGGUGCGGAAAUAAACCAGAGUCUUCUGGCUCUGAAGGAAUGUAUCCGUGCAUUGGAUCAGGAACACACUCACACUCCCUUCAGGCAAAGCAAAUUAACUCAGGUUCUGAAGGACUCUUUCAUUGGCAAUGCCAAAACCUGCAUGAUCGCCAACAUCUCGCCAAGCCAUGUGGCCACCGAACACACUCUGAAUACCUUGCGCUAUGCUGACCGGGUCAAAGAACUAAAGAAAGGCAUUAAAUGUUGCACUUCAGCCAGCAGUCGAAAUCCAACAUCUGGAAACUCUUCUUCAAAACGAAUUCAGAGCUCUCCUGUGGCCCUGCCAGGGGACAAGUGUUCUCCCAAAAAAGUCAAGCUGGGGCUCCAACAGUCGCUCACAGUGGCACCUGGCUCCACGAGAACGAAGGCCCAUCCUCUGGCCAGUCACCCAGCCAAUAUCCCUUUUGCUUCUGUACCUAAGGUUCCUGGUAAAAGGGGUGGCUCUAGAGGGAGUCCUCCCCAAGAGUGGGUCAUUCAAACUAGCUCUAUCAAAGGAACCAUGCGGUCUGGACAUUUAGCCAAAAAAAGGGCAGAAGAAUCAGCUGCAUUAUGCUCUGAGAAAAAUCCAGUCGGCAACAAAACUGCCCUCGGGUGGGGAAGCAGGGCCCCUGGCCCAGGAGGAGAAGCAGUCCGUGGUAAGCUGCCCUCCCGGUGCAAGAAAGCGCAGACUGUGCAGCCAGUGCAAAAGCAGCUUGUGUCACGAGUUGAGCUCUCCUUUGGCAACGUCCACCACUUAGUCGAGUACAGUCAGGGCAGCAAGGGGGGCACACCAACCAGGCCUGCCUCUGAAGCUUGGACAAACAUCCCUCCGCAUCAGAAGGAGAGGGAGGAACAUUUGCGCUUUUAUCACCAGCAGUUCCAGCAGCCACCUCUCCUCCAGCAGAAGUUAAAGUACCAACCACUGGAACGGUUUUUAUGCCAGUCCCGGCCUCCAGAGGGGCAGCUCCAGAAUGACACCCCUCCUCCCUUCCACUCUUGUUGUGAGAGCCAUGAUGGAGCCCAAGCUGAGGACCUUGAUGACAGCGAUUUCAGUGAAGAUUCUUUUUCACAUGUCUCCUGUCAGAGGACCGCAAAGCAGGGAAACACCCUGGAGAAUAGCGAAGGCUCGUUCUUCCUUCAUCAGAGGGAGCAAGGUCCUGAGGAGCAGGUAGCCGAAAGGCGGCAGAGUCUGUUUUUCAGCCCCAGGACAGAAGGUGACGAGAAGGGUCUAACUGGAAGCUGGAUAUACUCCAGGGACCCCGCAAGCCACAGGAUAGCACUUGAUCACGGCCGCAGCCCAAGUCAGGUGCCCUUGGACUGGAGCAGAGAGGAGGACGCUACCUCCUCAGAGCCUCCUCCCAGAGAAAACCUGGCAGAGAAGCCUUACUGCUCACAGGUAGGCUUUGUGUAUAACCAGAAAAGGGGUGGCAGCCCAGCCUUUGACCUCAGACAGGAUGCCUUCAAAAAUGAGGCUCCUCGGCAGGCUGAGGGCAGCUCACCAUCCCUGGAGGAAGAUGGUUGCACUUUCUCACUAUCCCACGUCACAGUUCCUGGAUCCCCAGACCAAAGAGACACAGUGAGCACACCUCUGAGAGAAGUCAGUGAAGGUAGCCCAACUGUGGCGACCAGAACAACAAAAAACAGUAACCCUUUCCAAGGAGAAGACUCUAGAGGGGGAUCAGGCACAUGCUCUGAGCAUGCUUCUGGACUGAUGGCUUCCCUCACCGUGUCUCUCCUGGAGAGCCCAGACGAUGAGGGCUCUCCCCACUUGGAGCAGCCGGCCCAGGAUGGAGCUGCGCACAGUCUAGUGGCAGCAGACACAGGGGGGCCAGCUGUGGGCCACACAGUGUCAUCUGGUGAUCAAGAGGCAGACCUGCCAAUGUCUUCAACAACUGAGCACCUGUGGCUCUCAUCAUCCCCCCCCGACAGUAAGCCUGGGGGUGAUCUUCCAGCUCUGUCCCUGUCACCCAUCCAUCAGCACCCACCUGACAAGCUGCCCAACAGGGAGGCUGACCUGGGGGAGCCCUGUCAGAGCAGAGAGACUGCACUCUUCUCCCAGCGGCACUAUGAUGGCGAUGCUGAGACAGAGCUGGGCUGCUCCCAGGGUUUCCCAGAAAAACCCUUCCUCACCAUACAUACUGGGGGACCCCACUCUGGGCCUACACUCACCACCCAAGCAGGAAGUAGUGAUGUGGCCGGCCAGCCCUGGGCCCAGGAGAGAAAGCACCUGGCAGGGCUUGGCUGGCAGGAGCUGGGUUUGUCCACAGACCCCAUCAAGCUGUCUUGCUACAAUGAGGACAUCGCGUGGCUCAAACGCAGGCCAAUCCCAAGGUACUUAGCAAGGCUAGGCUCUCCCAAGACUGCCAGGACACUCCGUCAGCCCGUCCUGGGGCACGCACAGCAGGUACUCAUCCGAGCACACCAGGAACAGCUGGAUGAAAUGGCCAAGCUGGGCUUCAAGGAGGAGACCCUGAUGAGCCAGCUGGCUCCUAAUGAUUUUGAAGAUUUUGUGACCCAGUUAGAUGAAAUCAUGGCUCUGAAGUCCAAGUGCAUCCAGAGUCUGAGGAGCCAGCUGCAGCUAUACCUGGCCUGCCACAGGCCAGCUGCAGCCCCUGAGAGGACAGCGGUGUCUUAGAACAAGAUCCAGUAUGUGAUGGCUGGGCUCUCGAGCUGGAGGGGCCUCUGCCAGGUCCCCCUACAGAUACCAGAACCCACUCCCUGGUCCUGCCCAUGCUGGCCUCUCCCUAGCCACACGUGGCCUUGGCUGGGUCCCAGCUCCUCUCUCAGGGCCAAGCAUCUGUCCCUCAAUUCUAAGCACAGGAGUAUCUGUAAGGAAGGACAGAUCAGCCUGAAAAACUUAAUAGGCCCCUCCCUUUUCUUUGGGGCUGGAGGAGGAUUUGCCUUUACUGACCCCUUGUCUGUGGAAACACAGUUAGGUCUAAUAACCCUGUAGAUGUUUCUAAAUUUGGGGAUCAGUGGAUGGGGGGAUGGUCAGUGGUAACCUAGAGGUUGUGUUGAGGUCACAAGCUAGGGAAGAUAACAUGCUGAGCCCAGAGGUUUUAUCAGCUGGAUUCUGUGCCUUUCUCCAGGACUUGGUCAGAAACGAAAACAUUGGUGCUAGUGGGGCAGGGGAGGGUGAGCUCUGCCCCAUCAGCCCUUGGAGAUUGAUUUGGGACUUUAGCUUUUGAAAAUGUAAAAUGAAUAAACCUUGAUUUGAUGUCUUUAACAGCAGCAGAUGUGGGACAGGCUUUAUGCUUCCAGUUCCCCUCCCUCCCUGCAAUCCAGUAUUUAGACAGAAGAGGGUGCUCGCGUCACUGCAUUAUUCUUUCCCAAUCUCUACCUUUUGCUGGGACCAUCCACCUGCGUCAUGCUCCUGGCUCCUGUCUGUGAAUCCUCACCCCCACGCUCCCUCACGGAAUAGUGGAAGAGCUGCAGUAUCUCAGGCAAGCCUAUCGCCUAGCCUCACCCUCAUCCAGGACUGCCCUGGCCAUCUACUCCCCCAUCAAUGGCCUGUGUUCAGGGUCUUGGCACUGAGUGCUCUGGUCAGUAGUCUGAGGCUCUAAAGCAGUUCUACACACAUACACGCACACCUUCAUGUGAGUUCUUUCUGUAUCUUUUUAGCAGAAAGAAGCUUAAGAAAUACCAAGUGGCCUCCAGGUGGCCCAUCACUUAACCAAGGCCACCCUGGAUCAAGUUGAAAUUCAUGUCAUAGCCCUUGGCCCAGACACCAUUUUGGUAUGAAACUUUGAUUUCCUACAGGUAAAGGAUAACUUUUACAGGUUUUAAAAGAAGGGUUUAAUUAAUUUUAAAGGCCAGAAGAGGGGCUUUCUGAGACAAUGGCCAUGCCUGAUCUGACCACCAGAGGGCAGCCUCUUUCCAGCGUGGUGCUUCCCAGCCCAAAGGUUCUGUAUGCCCUCCUCACGUGAUCACUAAAAACAAUUAGAGACCCAUCCAAGCCAAGAGCACAAGAGGGGCUGUGGGACAGUAUUAAGUAUAAGGACAAGAAGCUCUAGGGAUAAAUCUAGUGCCAUCAGAUACAUCAGCACUACUGAGAGCUAGUAAAGCAGUCUGAAUCCCAGUCCUGCCUGUGGAACACAAAAUCAUGCAUGAUGCUGCUCAGAGGACAAGGGGCUUGUUCCUCAUUUCUGAGUGAUCCCCCUGAAGGCCCAGCCUGUCUCACCGCCAGUCAGUCUUGCAGGAAGGUAUAUGUCUAUGUCCUUGACCCAGAGACUGGGCUAGGUCAAGUUUAAACAGACCCUUGUCUACACCUGCCUUUACAAACCUAAAACCAGGGCAGACUGGGGGGGGGCCAGCUCCUGGGUCCCAUGGGUCUAAGAGGAGUUGGAAGAAAGUACUGAAAUGACAGAAAAUGGUUAGCUCCUGUUCCAUCCCCAGCAAAUCCCUUU